UCUCUUCCUCCCCCCACGCGAUCCUCGCCCUAGCGGUCCUUGUUACGAAACCUUCAAAUCUUUGUUUCUUCCCUCUUCCCGCCAUAACUAACUUAACAUUCGCUUUCCUUCAUGCUUCACCGCCUGUACGUAUUCACUCUUGGUCAGUGAAUUUACUAGGUCUGCUAUGAAUAUAUAACUUGUGUGCCCAGGUUCGUCUACCUUUGUACUCCACCUCCCUUGGUCUGCCCUCCCCUCCCACAACGCUUCCUUGUAUAACCACUCGCCUCCUCCCUCUCCUCCCUCCUCUUCCACUGUCAGACGUCCACUGAACUGUUCUCAGACCAGUGAGUCAAGAUCCUGUUAGUAUAUAGUUUGACGUCACGUACUCUGAACAGAACAAUCCCAGGAACUCCACAAGACUGUUGAUGACAAUAAAGAAAUAAUAAAAGAGUGCCUAUGACAGUGACAUCAGAGACGUUUAUGCAACUGGCAUAAGGCAAGAUCUAAGAGUCGUCUUCGCCCGCCACACACAUCCAGGUACUCGGCGGGAAAGGUGCAAUCAUGAGAGACUGCGACCCGGUCCAGAGUGAAGCUUGCUGUGUGUGUCAGAUGGGAACUGACGCUGAAGUAAACAUUUGUGUUAAUGUAAAUGUGAAUGAUCUCUGGCAAAAGAACCAGAACCCUAGGCACAAGCACUACUGCCACGAAAUACAGUCGUCAGUAUAUAUUUACAACCACACAGAGUGUGAUAAAAUGUCUCCCAUCACGAAGCCACACCAAUAUGAAAUAGCGGGAGUGCAUCUCAGCGACGACACAGCCAGAGCGAGCCAUCAAGACACGCAGCUUCAGACCUGUUGCUGUGGAAGAAACACACCGUACUUUCAUAGGGCAACGUUUCAUCAGGCAAUGGCCACGCUUGUGAUGGCGCUUAUACAAAUUCAAGCAGGCACAGCAUUCAGUUUCUCUGGAGUUACGCUGCCACAGAUGACUGAUUCAACUACCCAGGACAUCUUUCUGGACCCGCAUCAGGCAGCUCUUUUCGGAAGUCUGGUAAAUCUGGGGGCCGUUGCAGGAACUUGCCUCAGCUGGCCACUGCUGGUAAGGCUUGGGCAGCGAAGAACACUCUUGUUCGGGCUCCCAUUCUCUCUCCUGGCUUGGUUCACACUCGUAUUUUCACCAACCACCUGGGUUCUUCAAUUAGCCCGCUUUAUCCUCGGCCUCACCAUGAGUAUGCUAACACCAGCAGCAAAUCUUUAUCUCCUAGAAAUCUCUCAUAGGAAAAUUCGGGGGAGACUUCUCGGGACAAUGACACUGUCCAGAAAUCUCGGAAGCUUAGUCGUUACUUUGGUCGGCAGCCUGUCACUCAGCUGGCGCUACGUGGGGUUGUUAUGUUCCACUUUCUCUGUGCUUCCAAUUCUGGGUGUGUUCUUCUUGCCCAACUCUCCUCGUUGGCUGAUAACUCAAAACAGAAUGGACGAAGCUUACUCCGCGCUAGUCUUCUUCCGGAAAGCAGAUUACGAUCCUUUGCCAGAACUCCAUGCCAUCACAGAGCAAGUGGAGAGCAAGUUUGUGGUGUUGGGUAGCUGUCGGGACAGUACAGCCACGAAGGUGAAGGUUCUUCAUAGAAACACGUACUAA